UGUUGAAUAUCUCUACGGUGCAAGGCACGUAGCAAUCUGUGAUGUAAAUAUUAUUAUGAUACAUGUUGAAAAUGAAAGGCGUAACUAGUUUGUAUAGGAAAGUAUAUAAAUGUAUAGUGGAACAAAGUCGGUGUUCAGUUUGCUGUUCACAAACUAAUGACCAAUGUUUACAAGUUACUAAGUACACUCUCCCAUUUUUAUCAAGGAAGUGCUUUUCUUCAGCCAAAGUCGAACAACAUACAACUUACGAUGUUUUGAAUGUGUGUGAUAGAAGAAAUGGGGACACUGGCGCUGAAGAUUCUCCAUCGGAAGUAAAUGGAGAAACUAGGUACCCACUUUCGAAUUCGUGUACAGAAGAUCUCUCAACCUACGCACCAUAUUUCAAGCCAGCGUUUAACUUCGCUGCUUAUGUCAACAAAUCGCCGACUUUGCAGCAGUUAGUCAAACUCGGUGUCGAUUUACAUCGUAUUGAGAAAAGCAGAAACAGCCCGGAGUACAUACUGCAACUGGAUUUUGAGAGAGAUAUGAGUGGGGUUAUGGUGCUGAAUCAGAAGCCUAACUAUUGUCCUGGACAGCUGAAAAUGUUUCUGCAUGAUGUGGGUGUGCCACCAGAUGCACUUGGUGCAUUCAUAACAAAGAAUCCAUAUAUAUUUAAAGAAAAUCUUGAUGAUUUGUCAACAAGACUAAAUUAUCUGCAGUAUAAAAAAUUUACUGCUGAUGGCAUAGCCAGAAUAGUAACUACAAAUCCAUAUUGGCUUAUUUUUAGCACCAAAAGAAUUGAUCGUCGACUUGGCCACUUCCAGAAGACGUAUAAUUUGAGUGGACCAGAACUACGCAUGCUUGCUCAGAAACAGCCAAAAUUAAUCACGUACAACUUGCACAAAGUGAAGGAGAGUACAUUUGCGAUUAAGGAAGAAAUGGGGUUCAGUGAUGAAGAAAUAAAGAAAAUGUUGCUUUCAACACCCAGGCUCUGGAUUAUAAGUCAAAAAUCUUUACUUUCAAGAUUCCAUUUUGUACAUAACGUGAUGAAGGUUCCACAUGAACAGAUUGCUGCCUCUUCAAAAAUACUGACAUGUCGUGAAUUUAGAGUACGGCAGAGGCACCUAUUUUUAGUGGCUCUAAAUCGGGCCCAAUACAACCCUAAAAAAGAAAGUUACAUUUCUUUGGAGAAUCUAGUCUCAGGCACUGAUACUGAAUUCUGCGAUACUAUAGCAAAGGCAUCUGUACAAACAUAUAAUGAAUUUUUGAAAACAUUGUGUUAGCAGAAUGUUUUGUAAGACACUUUUACUGUCUUUGUGAAUAAAGUACAUAUCUUUGUUUUGUUGCAAA